AUGCACUGGCAAUGGAAAAAUUGUCCAUCUGCUUGGCAAGGGGAUUAUGGUAAUCGGAAAGGGCAGAAAAGCAUCAUCAUCGAAGCAGUUGCUGGUUUUGAUACCUGGGUUUGGCACGCCUUCUUUGGAGUUGUCGGCUCUCAAAAUGAUUUGAACAUCCUGAGUCAAUCCCCGGUGUUCAAUGAUAUUUUGAGAGGUGAAUGCCCAAAUAUUACAUAUCAAGUCAAUAAUACCGUCUAUCAAAACGAGUAUUAUCUAGCUGAUGGUAUCUACCCGAGAUGGACAAUAUUUGUGAAAUCAAUUCCACAUCCCCGAUCCCAGAAGGAAAAAUUUGUUGCUGCCUAUCAAGAGGGGUACAGAAAAGAUGUGGAGAGGUGCUUUGGUAUCCUUCAAGCUCGGUGGGCUAUUAUCAGGGGCGCGGCGCGUCUAUUUGACGAGGAGGUGCUCAGAAGUAUAAUGAUGACUUGUAUCAUCCUCCACAACAUGAUUGUGGAAGAUGAAUAUGAUUACGAUGUUGAUGAAGUGUAUGAACCAGAUCCCAUGAACACGACCUUAACACGAAUUUAUGAAAAACCUAUGGGGCCAAAUGGAGAACCAGUGCAGCAUGAUCCAUUGGUUAGAGAUGGUACUUUCAUGCAUCGUAUGAUUGAGCGCUACACGGAGAUGCAAUCGUCGUAUAUUCAUGAACACCGUCAAGUUGACUUGAUGGAGCAUUAG